UCGUCCGUCAGAGAUUGUUUCUGUUCAGAGAAAGUGGAUAUUUUACCUUCUGUCUGCAGUCCGUAACUAUCACUGAGAGGUGAGAUGGCGCAGGGAGGAGUUCAGCUGGACCGUGAAACCUUCUCUUGUUCGAUCUGUCUGGAUCUACUGAAGGAUCCGGUCACUAUUCCCUGUGGACACAGUUACUGCAUGGACUGUAUCAAAACCCACUGGGAUAAAGAGGAUGAGAAGAAAGUCUACAGCUGCCCUCAGUGUAGAAAAAGCUUCACACCGAGGCCUGUCCUGCUGAAGAACACCAUGUUAGCAGAUUUAGUGGAGGAGCUGAAGAAGACUGGACUCCAAGCUGCUCCUGCUGAUCACUGCUAUGCUGGAGCUGAAGAUGUGGCCUGUGAUUUCUGCACUGGGAGAAAACUGAGAGCCUGUAAGUCCUGUCUGCAGUGUCUGGCCUCUUAUUGUGAGAAACACCUCCAGCCUCAUUAUGACGCAGCUACGUUUAAAAAACACAAGCUGGUGGAGCCCUCCAAGAAGCUCCAGGAGAACAUCUGCUCUCGUCACGACGAGGUGAUGAAGAUGUUCUGCCGCACUGAUCAGCAGUGUAUCUGUUAUCUCUGUUCUGUGGAUGAACACAAAGGCCACGACACAGUGACAGCUGCAGCACAGAGAACUGAGAGGCAGAGAGAGCUGGAGGGGAGUCGACUAAACAUCCAGCAGAGAAUCCAGGACAGAGAGAAGGAGGUGAAGCUGCUUCAGCAGGAGGUGGAGGCCGUCAAUGGCUCUGCUGAUAAAGCAGUGGAGGACAGUGAGAAGAUGUUCACUGAGCUUAUCCGUCUCAUGGAGAAAAGAAGCUCUGAUGUGAAGCAGCAGGUCAGAUCCCAGCAGAAGAGUGAAGUGAGUCGAGUCAAAGAGCUUCAGGAGAAGCUGGAGCAGGAGAUGGCUGAGCUGAAGAGGAGAGACGCUGAGCUGAAGCUGCUGUCUCACACAGAGGAUCACAACCAGUUUCUGCACAGCUACCCCUCACUGUCAGCCCUCAGUGAACCUACACACUCCUCCAGCAUCAACAUCCGUCCUCUGAGCUACUUUGAGGACGUGACGGCAGCCCUGUCAUCAGUCAGAGACAAACUACAGGACGUCCUGAGAGAGGAAUGGACAAACGUCUCACCGACUGAAGUGGAUGUUUUACUGUCAGCAGCAGAGCCCACCACCAGAGCUGGGUUCUUAAAAUAUUCACAGGAGAUUACACUGGAUCCAAACACAGCACACACACGGCUGUUAUUAUCUGAGGGGAGCAGAAAAGCAACAUUCAUGAAACAACAUCAGUCUUAUUCUAGUCACCCAGACAGAUUCACUGUAUGGCCUCAGGUCCUGAGUAGAGAGAGUCUGACUGGACGUUGUUACUGGGAGGUGGAGUGGAGAGGGAGAGCAGUUCAUGUAGCAGUCGCAUACAAGAAUAUCAGCAGAGCAGGGAGUGUGUAUGAAAGUUUAUUUGGAUUCAAUGACAAAUCUUGGGCGUUAAUUUAUGAGCAAAACAGUUAUUCAUUUAAUUACAACAGAAUCAACACUCCCGUCUCAGGUCCUCAGUCCUCCAGAGUAGGAGUGUACCUGGAUCACAGAGCAGGUAUUCUGUCCUUCUACAGCGUCUCUGAAACCAUGACUCUCCUCCACAGAGUCCAGACCACAUUCACUCAGCCGCUACAUGCUGGAGUUUUGCUUUAUUGUUAUCAUGGAACCACAGCCGAGUUGUGUAAACUGAAAUAGCCAGAAGUCAUUUGAGGAACUCUUCUACUUCUUAAACUCAUUGUGUGUCCAUCAUUGUUGCUGAGAGCUGAUUGUUCAUGUCUUCACUGCACAGAGAUCAGCUGUCAAUCAAACAUUAUGGGAUGUGCUUUAACAUCUUCUCAUGAGUUGUUCUGUAGAUGUUGGAGUUUCUUUAGGCGGCGCUCCUUCCUGUGUCUGUUUAGCCAUGGAGGCUGUCACUGCUCAGGAGGAUUUCUGUUAACCUCAACUCAUAUUUCUCUGCAUGGAAAUGUAAACUUUGCUCUAAAUAUUUGUUGAAUAUCGAUAUUGAUUUAUUUGUAUGUUGUUGUUUCUCUUGUAAAGCAUGAGAGAGAGAAAGCACCAGAGCUUCUUUCAUUGUAGAUAUUUUAUUCUAAAUGUCUUCAAUGUGUUUCUAAGUCUCAAUGUGUUGAAUGCAUAAAGGAAAGUUUGAAGAAGGAAAUAAAACACAUUAAAAUAAAAGCUAACUUUUUGUAAUAAAUUGUGUUUCUAUUUUCAAGAUGUGAGAUGAGUGCCACAUUUACA